ACCAUGGCUAUUCCUCACUGGCUCCUCGUGUCCGCACUCUUCCUGCUGCCCCUCUUGGCACAGGUUUCAGCACAGGAACUAGGAUGUUCUGUCAGUAACAACCAACCAAGCGUUCCUGAAAAUCACUGUCCUUAUGUGGUGACUGCCGUCCAUGUGCAGCCGGGUUUCACCCUAACAAUCGAUUCCAACUCCCCCGAUGGCCAAUUCUUCACCAUCCAGGACUCCGAGCUGCAGCUCACACAGUGCGUGGACUAUGAGGUGGACCCCGUGCUGCUGCUGUACCUGAACUGCGAGGGCCCUGCUGCCCAGAGCUAUUCCUUGGAAAUUGUAGUCACCGUUCUGAACGAGAAUGACAACAGCCCCGUGUUUGCACAGCCAAACCUCAGCAGGGAUGUCCCAGAGGAUACAACAGUGGGCACGGCCAUUGUAGCCCGUGAAGAAUUAAGUGCUAGUGAUGCUGACCUGGACACCAUCUACUAUGAACUCACUACCACAGUGCAGGACACAGAUGGUUAUUUUGCCAUAAGAGGAGUUAAUAACCCAGAACUCUAUUUACAAAAAGCAUUGGACUAUGACAAAUUUAAUUCAACAACGUUGCUCUUGUAUGCAAGGGACAGGCCGGCGACCAGCCCCACCAACACCACGCACACGGCCACGGCGACAAUCACCAUCACCAUCCAGCAGAGCGACACCCGGGCACCCUGGUUCCUGCCCUGCACCCAGCUCCACAGUGACCACAGCGUCUGCAUCAGCAGCCCCUACUCCGGCAGGGUCAACAUCUCCGAGAUGUCGACGGAGCCGCUCCUCCUGGAGCCAGGACCCAUCUAUGCUGUUGACCCUGACUACACCAUCAACGACAGGAUCGUGUACAGCAUUGUUGGGGGGAAUACAGACGAAGUGUUCUCAGUGGAUGAAGACACAGGGAAUCUAACCAUGAACAAAGUUGUGACUUCCCCAGAUUCCUUUCUGUUGCAAGUUAUGGCCACCCAGGUCAGCAACGUAAGGAAAUACUCUGUAGCCACUGUAGAGAUCAAGGUCAUCAAUAAAAGCAAUUUUCCACCCUACUUUGAGAAGGGAGUCUACAACGGGACGGUGUUUGUUGGGCUGCCCCAGAGAAGCUUCGUCUACCAAGCUGGAGAUCCUUCCACCCCCCUGGUGAUAACAGCAUUGGAUCAGGAUUUCCCUGAUAAAAUCAACCCCAACAUCGAGUACUAUCUCAAAAACAGCACCGACUUCAUCGCAACCAAGGAUGGGCUUAUCCUGACCAACGUGGUGCUGCAGUCCCCAGGAACUGUGACCAUCCAGGCUGUUGGAAAAGAUGUGUUGAGUCUGCAGGAGGCAAGCACCAUAAUUGUGGUGGAGGUCGUCCCUGCCACAGCUGUAACCCCCUCUGACAAGAUGUACUCUGCUCAAGACAUGGCUAUCUUAGGGGGCGUGUUAGCAGCACUGCUGUUAAUUGCCUUAGUCUUCCUUGGAGUGCUGCUGUGGAAAUCCAGUAAAUGGUAUGGAAAACCUCUCAAAUUCCUGAUGAAGAAAAAGCUCUCCAAGGAAGUAUACACGGGUUACCAGAAUGAAUAUUACCAGGAAGAUGAACAGCCAGAUGUGAGCAGCAAGCAGACAUCAGAAACCAGCAGUGUGCAGGAAGAGACUCCUGUGCCAGCACAGCCAGCACUUGCCUUGCACUCCUCCAGUGCAGAGGAAACAGAGAGUCUCCCAAAAGGCUCCAUACCUUCCACUGUCAUCUUUGGCCAGGAAGAGGAAGAAAAGGAAGAAGAGGCUGGACAGGAGAAAGAAGUGAAAUCAAUCCUCAAAACAGACAGGCACGCGGCAGAUGAUGGCUACAAAGCUGUCUGGUUUAAGACUGACGUGGACCCCGAGGCUGGAGAGAGGGUGGAAGUGAUUGAGGACAAUGCAGCAGAUGAUGAUGAUGAUGAUGAUGAUGAUGAUGAUGACAGUGACCAAGAUCUGCAGAAGAAUGAGCAGGAGGAGGAAGAAGGUUCUGACACAGACAGUCACCACCGAGGGCUGGGAGAGUCCUUUGCCUCAGCGAGCUCGUCACCCCCAACAGCAGAGGUGACAGUCAACAUGGCUCACACAGAUGACACUGAGAUAUAA